UCAUUUUUUUAGAUGAACUCUAAAGCUGAAGAUGCACCAUCAUUUCCAGGGGCUCCGAUCAUGAAUUCACCAGUGACCGGUCCUGCACAUCCACCACCAUCAAAAGGAUUUGCCCCUCCACCAAUGACCAGACCUCCCAACGGAUAUGGCCCUCUGCCCUUCGCUGGGCAUCCUCUACCUGUCCCAGGCCCUCGCUACAGACCUCCACAUCCAGUUAGAGGACCCUAUGGUCGCAUGCUAUAUGGACCUGCUCCACCCUGGAGUGGUUGUGGACCACCUCCACCGCACAGAGACUAUUGGCCAGGACCUCCCCCUCCAUUUGGCUUAAGGGAUUUUGCACCUGGAAUGAGAGACUUGCCCUCUGGUUUUCCACCACCACAUGGACCUUGGGACUAUCCCUUUCCACCCAAAAACAUGCUUCCUGGGACUGUUCCUCCACCAGGCAUGAGAGACUAUCCAGGCCCACAAGGUCCACCACCACAGAUGGGUCCCAGAGACUUCAAAGCAGGCCCCCCAGUACCACAACAGAUGAGCCCAAGGGACUAUCCUCCAGGCCCUAGUUUGCCACCACAACAGAUGCAACCCGGAGACUUCUCAAAUUCACAGAAUGGGCCAUAAAUUUCACCUAAUGGUGGUAUUUUAUUCAACUAAGCAGAGCAAAAAACUGUUU